AUGACCAAAGUAACAGAACCAACUCCCUCGGUUCCCGAAGCUACCACCACUCGCUCCAGCAACCUUGCUCCCGGAGUCGCGCUUGUCACUGGUGGAGCUCGUGGUCUGGGAAAUGCAAUAGCUGUGUCGUUUGCUAGAGAGGGCGCACGGGGGGUUGCCAUUAUCGACAUUCAAGACGAAGAAACGUUGGCAAAGGGGAAAGCUGCAGUUGAAGCCUUCGGCACCAAGUGCAUCGCUAUACGUGCAGACGUCACCAAAGAAGCUGAUGUUGAGCGAGCAGUUGAUAAAGUAGUGAAGGAAUUUGGGCGACUCGACUAUGCUGCAAACUUCGCUGGUGUCAUUGGGCCUUCUACAGAGAUUGCCGACACACCGCUCGAAAAGUUCGCGGGCUGCAUGUCUGUGAAUUCAACAGGCGUUUUUCUCUGUACGAAACACGAAUUGCGCGUAAUGAAAACUCAAAGCCCGAGCCCAGAUGUGCUACAGCAGCGCGGUUCCAUAGUCAAUUGCGCCAGCGUCAACUCUUUGAUGUCUAUGCAAGGCGCUGCAGCGUACACUGCAAGCAAACAUGCCGUCCAUGGCAUUACAAAAGCAGCAGCGCUCGAGGCACGCUCCCACGACAUCCGUGUAAAUGCAGUAUCUCCGGGAUUCCUUCUUACGCCUAUGAUAGCAAAUAGUAUGAAUGAUCCAAAGAGCAGCCUUAACGAGGAGGGCAACGAUGAUUUGUGGGAGAGACUUGAAGCGCGGCAGGGUAGACAGGCGCAGCCCGUCGAGAUCGGAGAUGCCGUGGUUCUGCUGAGUGGACCAAGAAUGAGCUUGGUCAAUGGCGCGAAUUUGAUGGUCGAUGGCGGUUUUACUAUCAACGAAGGGUUUGAAUGA